GCCGAAGAAGAAGCGGCCGAGCCGCUCCCGUCUCUUCCAGCAUCAUCAGUGUUUCUCCAUCAUUUCCCCCACACGAUUAACGCUCACUAAACUGGAGCCCUCUGCAACCUGUCUGCGUGAUUCCUACUUUUGGCAUCAGUAUGUCUGACAAGAGUGAGCUGAAGGCUGAGCUGGAGAGGAAGAAACAACGGAUCGCCCAGAUUCGAGAGGAGAAGAAGAGAAAAGAAGAAGAGAAGAAGAAGAAGGAUGUGGACUCAAAACGUGGAGGUGAGAUAGGCUCCUCCUCGGGCCAUGAAGACUCCGACCUGGAGAGGAAGAGGAGGGAGGCAGAGGCUCUGUUGCAGAGUGUUGGCAUCACCCCUGAUGUACCCCACGCUCAGCCCCUGAGGGUAGUAACAGAAGAUACGUGUCUGUUUCACUACCUAGUCCCCGCCCCCAUGUCCCCCUCCAACAAAUCAGUGGGCAGCGAUGCAGGAAGCCAAGACUCUGGGGACGGAAACACAGGACCAAGGACAUUGCAUUGGGAUCCUGACCCCUCUACUCUGCAACUCCACUCCGACUCUGAGCUGAUGGGACGUGGUGCUGUGAGGCUUGGGAUGUCCAAAAUGACCCAGGUGGACUUUGUCCCAAAAGAAAUGGUGUCCUACUGUAAAGAAACACAGACACCUUCGGAGGCACUGUCACACACUGAUCAGAAAGCAGAUGAAGAAGAGGAUGAGGAGAUAACAGCUCCCCCACCAACAGAAGGCACCCAAGAGGAAAAUGCUGACCAGGGCGAACAGGAAGUAGAGGAUGCUCCAAAGGAGCUGACAGAAGAAGAGAAGCUGCAGGUCCUGCACUCCAACGAGUUCUUGUCAUUUUUCGAGCAUGGCACUAGAAUUGUGGAGAGAGCUUUGGCUGAGCAGGUGGACGUCUGCUUCGACUACAGUGGGAGGGAUCUGGAGGAUAAAGAAGGCGACUUGCAGGCUGGUGCCAAACUGGUUCUGAACAGAAGGUUUGCAGAUGAGUGCUGGACUAAGAACCGAGUGGUCACCUGCCUCGACUGGUCUCCUCAGUAUCCGGAGUUGCUGGUGGCUUCAUACAACAACAACGAGGACGCUCCACACGAGCCUGAUGGUGUGGCAUUGGUUUGGAACAUGAAGUACAAAAAGGCCACGCCAGAGUACAUCUUCCACUGCCAGUCAGAGGUGAUGUCUGCUGGUUUUGCAAAGUUUCACCCUAACCUGGUAGUGGGAGGAACAUACUCUGGACAGAUAGUCUUAUGGGACAAUCGGAGUAACAAGCGGACCCCAGUUCAGAGAACCCCCCUGUCUGCAGCUGCACACACACAUCCUGUCUACUGUGUGAACGUGGUGGGAACCCAAAAUGCUAACAACCUGAUCAGCAUUUCCACUGAUGGCAAGAUGUGUUCCUGGAGCCUGGACAUGCUCUCGCAGCCGCAGGACAGUCUGGAGCUCGUGUUCAAACAGAGCAAGGCCGUGGCUGUGACGUCCAUGGCGUUUCCUCUAGGAGACGUCAACAACUUUGUGGUGGGGAGCGAGGACGGUUCGGUCUAUACCUCGUGUCGCCAUGGCAGUAAAGCUGGCAUCACCGAGGUGUUUGAAGGUCACCAUGGUCCGGUGACGGGACUGAGCUGUCACAGCGCUGGUGGGCCUGUCGAUUUCUCUCAUCUCUUCAUCUCCUCCUCUUUCGACUGGACUGUCAAACUGUGGAGCACAAGAAGCACCCGUCCGUUGUACUCAUUCGAGGACAGUUCUGACUACGUCUACGAUUCCAUGUGGUCCCCAACGCACCCUGCUCUGUUUGCUUGUGUGGAUCUUUCUGGACGCCUGGAUCUCUGGAACCUCAACAAUGACACAGAAGUUCCCACUGCCAGUGUGUGUGUGGAAGGGGCUCCGGCACUGAACCGUGUGAGAUGGUCUCAGUCUGGAAAGGAAAUUGCCACAGGAGACUCAGAAGGGCAGGUGCAGAUCUACGAUGUAGGAGAGCAAAUAUGCGUCCCCAAGGCAGACGAAUGGACGCGCUUCGUCAGGACGCUGGCUGAAAUCAAUGAGAACCGAGACGAAGCCGAGGAACUCGCCAAUGCCUGAUGCUCGAACUCCCCACUAAUUGCUCAUGAAUUCCUCGUCAGUACACUACACACCUAUAACACAUUAAAUGAAACAGCCAGGGGAGAUACUCUCUCCUUUUCCCAGCUUCUACUUAUCCUCCAAGUACAACUGGGCCUGAGGAAAUGUGCUGAGCUAGAAUGGACAGAAACGACAACUUCACACAAGGUUAGGUGUGUCAAAUAGAUUUAGAGGUUCAUUCGUAGUGAAGUUGAAUGUCACGUGUAGCAGUAGAAAUAAAGAAAAGGGAGUUAAACUGAAUGAUGAAUUAAGAAGGUUAGAGGGAAGUUAUUUUCAGCAUACGUAGGUGAAGCUGUCCACUCUGAACCUCUGGCUUUGAUUACGUCCUCAAGCUCCACAAUCUACCACUCUCCGGAAGCCUCAACCACCUCUUCUCUUUUUUUAAAUAUGCAAAACUUUAUACUUGUUCAUUUUUAUCGUGCUUUUUACAUUUUAAUAUUUUCCAGACACAUUUGUGCAUGGCUUUUAAAUGUUUACGACAGAAUGAAAAAGAUCAGAAGCUGACUCUCAUACGUGCAUAUCAUUAAGACAUGUAGAGCGUAGCUGAUGUGCUUAUAUGUGCACAGUGCGGCCCGUGCACAAGUGUCAUUCUUAUAUUUUAACCACGACAAUAUUUAAUAUUUAUUCUGGUGGUUUUAUUCAUUUAAAUAUAUUUGCAUAUUGUUUGUCUCAGAAUUUGCUUCUUUGUACUACAAGUUUGACUAGUACAAUCCUGAAAUAAGUACAAGCUUUUAAGAUAAAAACACCUGCUUGACUUGGCUUGAAUUUGACAUAGUUGUGGUUAAAUGUUUUUUUUUCUAUUGAAAAACCUGUAACAAAGAUAAAUGUUCAAUCCUGUGCAAUGAUCUUUGCAACGAGGAGCAGGAAAUGUUCCAUGAAUUGUUCUCUUCAAAGAAGAAUCCACUAAACCCUGGGGAUUUUAAAAUCAAGUGUAUCAGAGGUUGGAAUUUUUUUUUUCUUUCACCACUGAAGAAAUUUUACUUAGUUUUAUUUUUUAUUCAUUCCAUGAUGCAACAUCCAACCUCACCAAGCUUGUAGACAUUUCACUCCAAGUUAAAAUGCACUAAAAGGUUGAGUGAAGCAGCCAUAUUUAAUGUACCAUGAAUAGUAUUCUGCUAGUCGUACUUUACUGUACACUCCUAACACAAUGUAUGUAUGUUUGCACUUUUCUGUUGAAAUAAAAACUCAAAGCAAACCAGUAAAAUUAAAA